AUGGCCGACUCUGCGAGCGGAUCUGCAAGCGCGCCGAGCUCAGAUUUCUACACCGCUGCGGGAUUCAGAAAGUGGGUCGUCGAGAACAAGAUCAAGGCUGUCGGUUCUCUAUGGGCGUCAGCGGUGGGAGGAUCCAUUCUGUAUAACUUCAGGAAGCCUGGGGAGAAGAUGAGCGUCAAGAUUAUCCAUGCGCGGCUACACGCUCAGGCAUUGACAUUGGCGGCAUUGCUGGCUGCUGGCGCUGUAAUAGCCGUCAUCUUCCCACCACCCGACCUCCGCUUCCCCGCCACCCCAUCUCCCCUGCUCGCCGACCGAUCUCCCGUGCAACCCGCCCGAGUUCCCGUUCCCGCGGCCCGAUCUCCCAUUUCUGCCGCCCAAUAUCCCCUUCUCGCCUCCUCUCGCCUCCCCGCGCGUGCUCCUCUCGCCUCUCAGCGCGUGCUCCUCUCCCCUCCCAGCGCGUGCUCCUCUCCCCUCCGCGUGCGUGCUCCUCUCCCCUCCGCGUGCGUGCUCCUCUCCCCUCCGCGUGCGUGCUCCUCUCGCCUCCCCGCGCGUGCUCCUCUCCCCUCCCCGUGCGUGCUCCUCUCGUCUCUCCGCGCGUGCUCCUCUCCCCUCCCCGCGCGUGCUCCUCUCCCCUCCGCGUGCGUGCUCCUCUCCCCUCCGCGUGCGUGCUCCUCUCCCCUCCGCGUGCGUGCUCCUCUCGCCUCCCCGCGCGUGCUCCUCUCCCCUCCCCGUGCGUGCUCCUCUCGCCUCCUCGCGCGGCAUCCCCCCUGCACGCCCUCAUUUCCCCCCCUGCACGCCCUCAUUUCCCCCCCUGCACGCCCUCAUUUCCCCCCCUGCACGCCCUCAUUUCCCCCCCUGCACGCCCUCAUUUCCCCCCCUGCACGCCCUCAUUUCCCCCCCUGCAGGCUCUCAUUACCCCCCUUUUAUGCACCCGUUUCCCCUCUGCUCACUCUCUUUCACCCCUCACUCACGCGUUUUCCCCUCUGCUCACUCUCUUUCCCCCACACUCACCCUUUCUCCCCUCUGCCCACUCUGUUUCCCCCGUCACUCACCUUCUUACCGAAUUCUCACUUUUCAUUCACCCCUUUUUCCAAUCCCGCUUCCCCUUUUCCAUCUCUCCUUCAUGCCUCCCACCACCUCUCCCUGCCUUCCUUGCUUCUCUCCUUAUCUCCUUCAUGCCUCCCACCAUCUCGUUUUCCUUCUCAUCUCUUGUGGGCCACAUCACAAGGCCCGUCUGCCCUCUCACACUCUUCCUGCCAUUCUCACUCUCGCAAUCCUCACCGCCGUCCCUUCCUUCCUGUAACCAAUCUCCCCUCCCCCCUUUUCCCUUCCUUCCCUCCACUUCCUCCCCUUCCCUUCCUUCUCUCCCCAUCAUUCCCUCCCCUUCCUCCCCUCCCCUUCAUCCCCAUCCCUGCCCUUUCCUCCCUGCCCUUCCCUUCUCGACCCCGCCCUUCUACGUCACUCCUCGCCUUCUGCCCUCCAGUUCAUGUGCAUGUGCUGCCAUCACUUUUGCCCCAUACAUGCAUCUUAUUAACUCAUGUUUACUCGCUUGUAUUCCCUUUUCACCCUCCGUCCCUUCAAAUCUCCCCUCACUUACUACCCAUCUCCCUGCCUUUCCAUCACACCUCCCUGCCUUCUCAUGGAUUUGAGGCACCAUUGCGACACCAGGUGUCAUACAACCUGUAA